AAAUUAUUACCCGAUUACAUGUCUAAUGAGGAGUAUCAAUCGAUGGGUUUAAAAAAAAGAAUCCAAACAUUAAAACGUUCUUUACGAACGGUUGUUUCGUAUAUUUUUGGACCAAAUGACGAAAGAAUGCAUCAAACAAUUUUACCAAUUGAUCAAUAUCAUAAAAGUGAUACAUUUCUUAGCCAUGAUGUUCAGAAUUUAUUUGAAAAAAUAUUCAAUAUUCAAUUAAAUGAUAAUGUCGAAUGUUUGAAUCAUGAUUUAAUAAUAUUCGAUAAAUUUUUAGAUGAAUUUAAUAUUGAUUUUGAUCAUUCAAUUGAUUCGGAUGAAAAUGUAAACAAAAUUGGUCAAUUUAUUCAUAAAAUUGAUAAUUAUUUUGACAAAAUUUUGGAACACAAUAAUGCAAUUGAUUCGAUACAGUUUCGAAUUCGAUCCAAUAUUGAAUGGUGUGGUCCACAUUGGCAAUCCUAUAUAUUGGAUGCUAUUGAUAUUGGUUUACGUAAUGAAUUUUCAACCAUACCUUUUACAAAUCAACAACAGUAUAUUCGAAUGAAUGAAAUUUUAAGUCUUCUUAUUUUGACCAGUGGUAUCGAACAUUGUCUUGGGGAUAUUUUACGACUAAAAUGUCGACAAAUACCACCAUUAAUGAAAGAUUUAAUUGAAAUGUCCGAGUUAGGCGAAUUGAUUGGACAGGAUUUAAUACGACCAUUGAAAGUAUUAUUAGGACCACCAACAACAAUGAACAUUCGGAAUAUUUUAUGGCAUGGAUUUAUUAAUUGUCCGGUCAAACAAACAUCAAUUCAAAUGCGACCAAUAAUUACAACAUUGAUUUCAAUCAUAACAACAAUCGGAUUUCGGCUAUCACAUCAUUGUGAUUCUAGUUUCACUAAAAACGAUUCGAUACCUCGUUCAUCAUUAUACGAUCUAAAUGAAUUUGCUAAUCAUCAAUUUCCGAUCUUUCAAGAUGAUGAUGGUGAUGAUUAUUGUGAACAAAUCGAACGUUGUCCAUUGAUACAUCGAACGAUGCUUCCAGCAUGGUCAUACAUGUUGUAUUUGCAACGACAAGAAAAAUUACAACACAAAAAUCGAUAUUGGAUUUGUCUUCUAUUUCCAUUACUUGAAUCAUCGUUACGUUAUCUUUAUUGUCAUAUUAAUCAAUUAGAAAAUCGUCUUCUUACCGCUAUUGCUCGUGAAUAUUAUGUAACAUUUCGUGAAAUUUUUGGCACAUUAAUUACCGAUUUAGAUUAUUGGAAGAUUGAUGCUAUCGAUGAACAAACAUUGUCACGAAAUCGAAUGCUACAAUUUUUACCCAUUGGUUUUAUCGAUGCAUUCAACGAUAUAAUUAUACAUUGUCAUGGACCACAUUUACGUGAUCGAUUAAGCCAUGGACAGAUACGUUUUGAUCAUAUUGAUAAGAAUGUUUUACAAUUCUGUACAAAUGUUACAUUCGAAUUUAUACGAUGGACAAAUUUACAAAGUUGUAACCAGAAAUUAUUAUCAUAUGAAACAAAAUUUCAUAAAAUAUAUUAUGUAAGAAAUCGAUUGAUUACUAUCAUACAACAAUUAUCAAUUCAAUCAUCAAAUUUUAAUGGCAAUGAUUAUAUCAAUCGAUUACAAGCCAUAAAACCGGAUACAAGUAUUCUGUAUCUAUCCAAAUAUCUUUUUCCACAUGAAAAAUACUAA